UUAAGAGCAGCAGCCGAUCAGGCGACAUCCUCCCUGCGUGCGGGUUGCUGUGCGGUGCUGUGCGGGAGGACGGAUCUGCGGGACUCUAAUUCUCCGCCUGCGUGCUCGGCUUUCUGUCUUUUCUGUCCUUCUUUCCUCACUUUGGGAGUUUUAUUUUCUUUCUUUUCGGACCUGUUUAGAAUGAGAACCUCCAUCCCAGCUCCUUUGGUUUCUCUCAUCCACACAUCCGCUCAUUUUGUUCAUUUCGACCAUCCGACCUCAUUGUUCCAUUUUUGUGCUGCUGUCACCCACAGUUUGUCGCCCUCCACCUCCACCUCCAGCUCCAGCUGAACGCGGAAUACCUCAGCCUGCUGCUGUUGGAUGUUGGCUCUUUUUACGCAGAGGGAUUUCUAUUUUUCCUGAAGGAUGAUGGAUCUCUAACGCGCUGCGCCCUGAAUGAACCAACCGUGCGCUCUUCUUUUUUCUGUUUUUUUCCCCCCCUUUCUCUUUGGAGAUGCUCUGAUCGGAGCUUGUUGGGUCCGAAUGCGCUGGAUCGGGAUAUAAUCUGAAGAUCUUUUUUUGCUUUUCUGUUGUUUUGUUUUCUGCGUGGCCCCACACGGCCGUUCCCCCUCUGACACGGAGUGUGCGCCGCAUCCAUCCCGGAGGCGCGCGGGCUCACCAUGGGGGACUCGAUGUGGAGAUAUUAUUUUGGAGUUUUCUUCCUCGCCUUCGAACUGGACUUGUGUCGGCCGCUCAUUCUCGAGUCCAUCUACUGGAACACGACCAACACCAAAUUUGUUCCGGGCCAAGGCGUGGUUUUGUACCCGCAGAUCGGGGACAAGCUGGACAUUGUGUGCCCGCGCGUGGACGGCGGGGUCAUCGACGGCGUGGAGUAUUACAAGGUGUACAUGGUUCCCAGGGAGCAGCUGGAGAGCUGCACCAUCACCAAGGCCGACACGCCGCUGCUGAACUGCGUGAAGCCCGACCAGGACGUGAAGUUCACGCUGAAGUUCCAGGAGUUCAGCCCCAACCUGUGGGGCCUCGAGUUCUUCAAGGGGAAGGAUUACUACAUCAUCUCUACAUCCAACGGCACCAUGGAGGGCAUCGACAACCAGGAAGGGGGCGUGUGCAAGACCAAGUCCAUGAAGAUAGUCAUGAAAGUGGGGCAGAAUCCUUAUGACCCCGUUUCACCCAAAGACAUUCCCACCAGAACGCCCUACAAGCCCGGGUCGCCGGACGACGACCGGGAGAAAAACGAAGUCCAGCUGACACGAGAUAAAUCCAAAUUAGAAGAUGGCUCCGGCGGCGGGAAGUCGUCCACCGCCAUCGGCUCCGAGGUGGCCAUCUUUGUGGGCAUCGCCUCCGGCAGCGUCAUCUUCAUCAUCAUCAUCGUCAUGCUGGUCCUGCUGCUGCUCAAGUACCGCCGGCGGCACCGCAAGCACUCGCCGCAGCACACGGCCACGCUGUCGCUCAGCACGCUGGCCACGCCCAAACGCGGCGGCGGCGGCAACAACAACGGCUCGGAGCCCAGCGACAUCAUCAUCCCGCUCAGGACUGCUGACAGCGUCUUCUGCCCGCACUACGAGAAGGUGAGCGGGGACUACGGACACCCCGUCUACAUCGUUCAGGAGAUGCCGCCGCAGAGCCCCGCCAACAUCUACUACAAGGUCUGAGGGCCGGGAAAACAAAAACGCAGAACCUGGACAAGCCCCCGGUCGGAGCGAAACGAACCGCCCCGCUCUUCCUCUCUGUCGACUCCUCCUCCUCCUCUCCUCUGAUGUUUCGUCACUAGUCGUUUCCUCUCUGAGUUUUCGCCCUUCGCUCCGGGUCGGUCACAGACGAUGGGGACGAGUAGCGAAGCCGCCGUCGCUCGCCGGGAAGCGGAACGGACAGCCUCUUCUUCGUUUUCGUCCACCGGGAUAAAGUGAGUGGGAUGGAUGGAUUUAUGGAUGUGAAAGUCUCUGAAAGUGUGAGAAAAAGACAGACUGCUGUUUUGGAAACAGAGACUUUAACAAUGGGAGAAAAAGCAGGAAGUGGGCGGAGCUUGAACUCAGCUGAGCGGAUUUACCAGCGGGAUGCAGAGAGAUUCCCACGCUGGACCUUUUGUGGGACUUUCACCCACUCACCUGUCCACCCACAUGACUACCAUCACACAAACACUCACCUGUGCACAGACACAGACUCACGGGUCAAUGUGACGUGUUGUCGAUCACAGCAUCUCUCCUCAUCCUCAGCUCGACCUUAUUUCGCGUUUUACUUGAAGGUUUAGAGAAAAAAAAACAUGAUUGAGUCUCUUUGUUUAGUUCCACAUUUACUGGUUUUGUUCAUAUUUGUUUUUUAUACUUUUACGUCGGCGUAUCGAGGCCACUUUGGGGAGAAAAACAGGAGUAAAUUUCUGUAAAAAAAAAAAUCAAAGACGUUUUCCAGGAAAAAAACGUAAAAAUAUCAGAGUUUCAAAAUUCAAAAUAAUGCGAUAAAAAGACAAUUUGAGAUUAACUUCUGAGAUUUUCUAGAAAAGACUUGGAAUAUUUUGAGCUCUGCCGUAAAUUUGUGAGAAAGUGAAUAAAAUUUUGUAGAUUAAUCAAGGAAAUUCUCUGCAAAUUUACAAAACAGAAAAAUCAGAGAUUCUGAGAUUAACCUCAGAAAUUGUACAGAAAAAACAGAAUUUUCUGAAUUCAAUGUUGAAAGUUUAAAUAUUUCGCUAAAUUUUUCUUUUCUGAUUUUAAUGUCAGAAAAUUUCUAGAAAAAAUUUGGACAUUUCUGAGAUAAAAAAAAUUAAAAUUUUUGACUCUUGAAGCUCAAAAAAGUUACGAAACUCAAAAAUGUUUGAGUUCAUGAGCUCACGAAACUGCUAAAUCUUUCUAGAACAUUUCUUUAAUUAAUCUCAGAAUGUCAGAAACGUGUUGAAAUGUGGAUAUGUUUGUCCUCAAAAAAUCUAAACUUUCAACACUUUAAAAAUUUGGACCAAAAAGUCAAACAUUGUCAACUUUACAAGCUCACAAAAUCUUCAAGUUUUUUUUAAAGAUUUCUCUCAAAAUUUCUGAGCUUUUUUCACACGAAUCUUAAACUUUUGGAGCUAAGAAGUGUCCAAGUUCUAUGUAAAACUAAAAAUCUCUGAGUUUUUAUUCUUGCAUAUGUCCAACUUGUGGAGCUCAAAAUUCUCCAAGUUAUUUCUUGAAAAUUUCUUAUGAAUCUGAAAAUUUCAGUUUUUCUUCUCACAAAUUUUCAACAUUUUUAGCUCAGAAAAUUAUUGACAUUAAUCUGUCAAUUUCUGAGUUUUUUUUGCAGAAACUUCCUCCUCCUUCAUUUUAUUGUCCGUCCACAGCGGCCCGGCUGCGACGCCGUAAUCCUCUGAGUAGCUGGAGUGCAGGUAGCGUUUCGUUUCCCGGUGUGUCAUUGAAGCUCUCGCGUGGCAGCAGCUCAGUUGAAAACAGGAGGAGGUGGAGGACUUUUCUCUUGCAUAGCGCAGCACUUUUGACCCCUCCUUUGUUUUACGUUCGUCCCUCCACUCUCCUCCGCCGGAGAGAGACGCGGCGACGUCCGGAGAUGGGAGAGCGGCCGUGACCCGUCAGGGGCAAUAAGAAAUCCAGUUCGCCUUACUGCUGUAAGACCUGGUGGAGGUCAGAGCGAAGCAGUUGUAGGUACUGUAAUGGAUCCCGCAGGGGUCCGGUGAUGACUAAGGGUACCCUAAGGGCCCAAAACUCAGCCUGGCCGGUGCUCUCCUAUUCUUUUCUGUAAAGCACAGGAACAUCAGCUUAAACUUUCACUGUUUUCAGUCUCCAUUAGCAUUUCCUUCCUGUGAGUUUUCAGUUUUCCUUUCCUUUACAUCCAAUAGAUGUACAUUAAAAAGAUAAAAAGGACAUUUAAAGAUGGAAAAAAAUACAAAAAUAAGAUAAAAUUUAUUUAUGGUAGACACAGAGCACAGGUGUUGUCAGGCGGAGUGGAGAGGAAGAAACUAAUUUUAAUAUAUAAGUGGUAUAAGUGCACAUUAUGCAAUCUAGGUUUUGAUUAUUUGAUAUCUGGACGGUUCGGGUCCCGGCUCCGUCUGCGAGUUAUCCCGACCCAAAAUAAGGUGCAGAGUAGCCGUUUGUCCCAAAGGAAAGUUCCCAGUGUGCCCGAAUCUCCUCACACACGCCCUCCAUGUUCCCCAUGCAUGCGUGUGUGUUUGCGUGUGUGUUUGUGUGUGUGUGUGUGUGUGUGUGUGUGUCAGUGACUUCGUGCAGCAUCUCAGCAGUAACUUAGGCCUCUCCCUGAGCAUCUAUCAGCCCAUUGUUCGCAUCUCCAUCGACUCAUGAGCAUCAGAUUUCACCGAAAAAGCCAAGCCUUGUAUUAUCUGAGGUUUGUGCCUCUGAGAGGCUACAAAAUCUGCAAAUAUGCAAUUCUUAUUUAUUUUUUUAAUCAAUUCUAAAAGAAAAAAAGUGUUCUUAACCACUGAAAGAUGUAACAACAAACCAACAUAACAAAAUGAGUCUGUCUGGGUUUUUUUGUUGUUGUUUUUGGACAUUUUCUUCUGUUUUUACUGCAAAAACAACAAAACUUACCGGGUAUUUUGGUCAAGUUUUUCAUGCAAAAUCUGAGUACAACUGAAAAAAGACAAAACUAACUUAGAAUGAACUUUCUAGCAAGAUGCAGGAGCUUGUUUUAAAUCAAUUAUUCCUUAAUAUUGACGAAAACACCGGCAGAUUAUUUCAUUUGGGAAAAAUUUGUUACUAUAAAUUAAAUAAUUGUGACUUAAAACUAGGGCUGUAGGUUACAAUUUAGUUGGCAAUUAAUCGAUUAUUCUGGUGCUUAAUUGAUUAAUCGAAUUGGUAUAUUCUGCAUAUUUUCGUUUAAGCCUGUUUUUUUUUUUACAUGAUAUUAGAAGCUCAUUAAAAGAAUUAAAUAAGCAAAUAAUUCAGUUACUUUUUCAAUUAAGAAAAUAGAAAUAAUGUUGGCUAAAAUGCGGAUGCAACAUUUUUUAGUGUUGAUUGUAGCAAAAAAUGCAUCUGCAGCUAAAAAAAGUAUUGCAUAUUAAUCUCUUGAUUAUUUUCUAUACUAAUAAUUUAAUAGUAAAUAAAUGCUUAGUUAAUAGGAGACUUUUUAAAUAUAAUUUAAACCAGAUGAGGCUAAAAAUGCUAUUUGAUUUCUAUGUAGAAUGUAUUUAAAGAAAGUUUUUCAUCUUAAAUGUUAAAUGUAUAGAUUUUUGUACAGUUUAGACUAAAUAACUGCAAUGACUGUUUUAUCUUUAUCCAAAAGGCCUUUUUUUUAUCUCUAUGCUCCAGUUAAUGAUUAAUCAAUUAUUUUAACAAUCGAUUAAUCACACUUGAUUCGAUUAAUCGAUUGAAACAAGCUCCUGUUUCUUGCAGGAAAGCUAUUUGUAAGUUAUUUUUGUCUUAUUUCAAACGUACUCUGCGGUUUCCAGUAGAAACUAGACGAAAGUAAUCGUAACCGUUUGUGUUUUUGCAGCGUUGACUACGUGCCGUAGUGCAAACUGUGAAAAACGAAACCAUGACAAAGCAUCAGUAACAGAACCUGGACAGGUAUUUAGAGGUGGAGGAAAAGCGAAAAACAAACAAAAGAAGAGAGACAAACACAAACAGAAGAAUGGCUUUUUAGUUGCUUUCUGUCUGCGGCAGAAUCUGACAAUCUCCUUAGUUUCUUUGAAUCUGGCGUCCUUUUCUCAGCCGCCGCUCGGCUGCAGCUCUGUGGCGUCUGAAGCGUUGUAGCGGCGCCGCGGCGGCCUGCAGGCGGCGGCCUGGGGGAAGCACCUCAGGCGACUGUAAAAUGCCUUGCUCGUAUGGUCAGCCCUUGGUCACUUGACUCAGUAAAUUUGCACCGUACUUCUGUAGGUAAGAACCUGUAAAUACAUUAAUGUUUGUAUUGUAUAUGGAUCCUGGGUUGUUACAAUAGCCUUAUUCACCUUUGUAGGAAAGUAAAUGAAAAAAAGAAAAAGUGGAUUACACUUCAGUAAAACAGAGCAUACUACUUUUUUGGUAAAUAGCUUAUGUAAAUAUUGACCAGAACCCAAUAAAAAACAUUUUUUAUAAACUCUUAAAGUAAGAUGUUUUGUAUAAAAUUUGAAUUUUUUGCUAUGUAUUUUAGCUAGCGCUCUAUGGAAAGCCCGUGUCCUCCCCACUUCCUCCCGUUUUGCACUGUUUCCAUUGUAAUUUGGUUUAAAAAAAAGACAAAAAAAGAGAAAAGUUGCCAAACCGACUGCUGCAUAUUUGUGCCAUAAGUGUGUACCAUAAAUAUUUAUUAAAUUAGUUUGUUUUUUCUCUCUCUCUCUCUCUCUUAUGUUCCGUCGAUGGUUUUAUUUCAGUCCAGUUUGUAAGUAACAGUAUUAUAUUUGCAUCGUUUAUCGUCUGCCCCGUUUUUUUUCGUCAUGUCUCGGUUGCAGCUCCCUCGUCCCUCGCAGUGUCAGAUGGCCCAGAUUGUGACGAAGAUUAAAAAAAGGGAAAAAAAAAAAAAAAAGACAUUUUGAAAUUCAGAAUUUUAAAUUAAUUUCGAAGAGGAUAAAUGACACACAUUCCACCAGUCUGUUACAAACUGAAAAUGUUUUUCAAUAAAAUGUUUUUCCUAUGGA